AUGUGUGAUCAGCAGCAGAUUCAGUGUUGCGUGCCGGUGCCCCAGUGCUGUGUCAAGGGUUCCUCCUUUGGUCCCUCACAGUAUUCCUAUGCCAACAACCAGGUGCUGGUCCAAGCUCCAUGUGGGAUGCAAGUCGUGGAAUAUGCUGCACCGUGCUCAGUUCAAGUUUCCCAGACUCCAUGCCAGUCCGGUGGCAUUGAAGUGAAGAGCCAGGCUGCAGGCUCAUCUAAGACCACUAAGGUUAAAUGCCAGGCUCCAUGCCAAUCAAAGACCACCCAGGUAAAAUGCCAGCCUAAGACAACCGAGGUAAAGUGCCAAGCUCCCUGUCAGGCUCAGGUUUCCUGUGUUCAAUGCCAGGCUCCAUGCCAGUCUCAGGUUUCUUACGUGCAAGUCCCACAGCCUCUUCCGACCUACUAUGUAGAAUGUGCUCCGGUGUAUUACACAGAAACGAGUUAUGUGGAGUAUCCGGUUCCAACCUAUGUGCCUGCUCCAGCUCCUCAGCCUGUUCGCACUUAUGUAGAAUGUCCCUCAAUGGGCCAGGGCCAGGGCCAGGGAAGUUUCCCCACUCAGGGCCAGUACCAGGGCUCCUACGGCAGCUGUACCUCGCAAUCACAGUCACGGGGUUCUUACAGCAACUGUGGUCCACAGUCUCAGUCACAGGGUUCUUACAGUCGCUGUGUGCCACAAUUCCAGUCUGGGCCCUCCUACACCAGCUGUGGCCCCCAGCGCCAGUCACAGGCUUCCUAUGGCGGCUGUGCCUCCCAAUUCCAAUCUCGAGCAUCCUACAGCCACUGCUCCUCCCAGCGUCGGUCUGGGGCUUCGUUUAGCACCUGUGCACCACAAUGCCAGUCCCAGGGCUCCUAUGGAAGCUUCACUUCACAGCAGCGCCGGUCUCAGAGCACCAGCAGAUGCCUCCCUCCUCGUCAGCUGCAGCCUUCAUAUCGAAGCUGCUCUCCACCAAGACGUUCUGAGCCCUGCUAUAGCAGCUGCCUGCCAUCCCGAUGCUCUUCAGGCUCCUACAACUAUUGCACCCCACCCCGCCGCUCAGAGCCCAUCUAUGGCAGCCACUGUCCUCCUCGGGGCCGCCCUUCAAGCUGUUCUCAAAGAUGUGGACCCAAGUGCAGAGUAGAGAUUUCCUCACCGUGCUGCCCCAGACAGGUUCCCCCACAGAGAUGCCCUGUCCAGAUUCCUCCCAUCAGAGGUAGAUCCCAGAGCUGUGGCCGGCAACCUUCUUGGGGUGUCUCCUGCCCGGAUCUGAGACAGCCACAGCAAUUUCCAAGGUCUUGCGGCCCACAGCGUCGUGCCUGGUCUCCAGAACCAUCAUGGCAGCGGUGUCCAGUUCCUGCACCACGUCCAUGUCCAGAGCCACAGCGUCGUGACCGGUCUCCAGAUUCAUCAUGGCAGAGGUGCCCAGUUCCUGCACCACGUCCAUGUCCACGUCCAGAGCCAUGCCCAAGUCCAGAACCCCGGCCAUGUCCUCCACCGCGGCGUUUUUCAGAACCAUGUCUCUAUCCAGAACCAUGUCCGGCUCCUCAACCAGCACCACGUCCAGCCCCACGUCCAGUGCCACGCCCGCACCCAGUUCACUGUGAGAAUCCAGAACCACGUCCACAACCCCAGCCUUGUCCAUAUCCAGAGCCAAUGCCGCAUCCUGCGCGCUGCUCCAGCCCAGAGCCUUGUGGGGAACCCAUGCGCUGUACCAGUCCUUGUUCAGGUCCUAAUCCAGUUCCCUACCGCCAAGAACUAGGCUGUCAUGAAUCUAACCCGUGCCGCCUGGAUACUGAAGGCCCGAGCCCAUACAGCUGCAACCAGGGGCAAGAGAGUAACGACAACUGUAGACACGAUGAUUCCUUCCUGGGGACACAGAGUUCAGGUGGUUGUGGAGACCAAGGAAACACCCAUGGCGGAGCGAAAGGUGGGGCUUAUGCUGGAGCAAAGGGCGCUUACUUUUAA